AUUUACCUACGGCUAGGUUGCCUUUCCUUUGACUCGCCCGCUUGACUCGCAAUGGGUUCAUGAAAGUUUGAUGCAGCUCUGGAGGCAAACCCAUACCGUACAGCAGUAGGGAAUCCCGCAAUUUUUGUCGAUGGCAGAAUCCUGUUGGGCCGUUUUUUUGAAUUGGUGAUCCGCCUUGAUGUCUCCUUGGGAAGUUGGGAGUGUGUGGGAGCUGCCGCUGCUGUGAUUUUUUGAGCGCGUUUUUUGCUGCGCUCCCCCCGAUAAGCUCUCUGGACCGCUUCAGCUCGCUCAAGUUCAUAUAAAAAGAGGCUGCAGCGGCAUCUCUUUCCUCCCUCCCCGACAAUCCCCUCUUGCAAUCGCCAAACUUCUCGCGCAGGCACUCCACUCACAAUGGCUGAUACAAAGCGAACAUCUCUGUCUUUCACGUCGGCGGAUCUUGGAAACAGUUCGUUUGACGACAAGAUCGCGAACGACGUGGGAAAGAGGCUCUUCGAACCGAACCCGGCCAUCAAGAAUGUCCUCAUUACAGGUGGAGCAGGCUUCAUCGCUUCUUUCAUUGUGCGCAAACUUGUUCUCCUCUACCCUGAGUACAACAUUUACAACUUCGAUAAACUCGAUUACUGCGCCUCCACGAACAACAACAAAUCGGUCGCCGACAAGCCCAACUACUCUUUCAUCAAGGGAGACAUCUGCGUGAAGGAUCUCGUAAACUUCGUGUUGGCGGAAAAACAGAUUGACACAAUCCUUCACUUUGCCGCGCAAACGCACGUUGACAACUCGUUCGGAAACUCCGCCGAGUUCACGUUGAACAAUGUUAUGGGUACACACGUGUUGCUCGAAGCGGCCAGGAUAAACAACGUCAAGAAGUUUAUUCACAUAUCCACUGAUGAGGUCUACGGGGAGGUGGAACACGGUGGUGCUGAGCUCACGGAGGAGAGUUUGCUUGCCCCCACGAACCCUUACUCCGCCACUAAGGCAGCCGCCGAAAUGCUGGUAGGCGCUUACCAAAAGUCCUUCGGCCUCCCCACCAUCAUUACCCGCUCCAACAACGUCUACGGACCUUAUCAAUACCCGGAGAAGAUUAUCCCCAAGUUCGUCACCCUCUUGUCGGAAGGAGGCAAAGUUUUCAUUCACGGCGACGGAAGCAACACUCGUCGGUUCAUUUACGGCACUGACGUCGCGGAUGCGAUUGAGGUGAUCUUGCACAAGGGACACACCGGCGAGACAUACAACAUCGGAACACCCUUUGAGAUUUCCAACCUCAACCUGACAAAAUACCUUAUCGAACUCAUGGGUUUGAAGGAAAAGGAGAAGGAGCUCAUUGAGUUCGUCGAGGACCGUCCGUUCAACGACACGCGUUACGCCAUCGACUCUGCCAAGCUUGAGGCAUUGGGCUGGAAGCCCAAGGUUUCGUUCGAGGAAGGCGUCCGCAAGACCAUCUCAUGGUACACUCAGUACUCCCGCAAGUGGUGGUCCAACAUCCAGGGAGCGCUCGUCGCCCACCCCUACAAGAGCGGUGCCGCGCACGAGUUGAUCGUCCCGAAGUAAGCGACAUUGGAGACUCUGGUUGUUUGACCUUAUAUAUAGGAGCGCGUGUGGGGACGUCCUUGAGGUUCUAUAGGACACAUAUGCAUGCCGGCCAUGAACUUGGGUAAUUAGACUUCGCCCGGGACAAAAACUACCUUUUGGAUUUCCAUGUAUAAGGAUUUUCCUUCUGUCCUUUCAUUGAC